UAAUUAAAUCAUCGUCAUUUCAUGAUGGAAUAGUGGGUUUAGAAUUUGGACUUUGGAGGAACCUAAUUCCCAAAAUAGAGUGACACACACAACACAAUACAACACAAGAAGAGAUGGCAUCCAUUGCGACCCAUUUCUCAGCCUUUCUGUUACUCUUCCCAGUGGGCCUCCGCCGCUUGCAUUCCUCCUCCUCCCUCUACCUCCACAGCCCUUCCCAAUUCAGAUCCAAGCUAUGGUACCUCUCAGAUCCCAAAUGGAAGAAUCUCGAUCUCUACGCUCUCCUCAUUACACUCCCAAUCGCCUCAUUCUCGGAGCUUUUCCUCUUCCUCUCCUUCUCCGGCCACCCUUCUUACAGGUUCUCAUUCUUCCAACAGUCUUUUGCGCUUCUCGCUUUCUGGUUUUUGAUUCUCUUGAUCAUAGUCCACGAGUACAACGCCACGUCAUCACUCAUCAGUGAAACCCUUGUGUACGUUCUCGGCGGUGUUGUUUUCUUCAUGGAGUAUUCUGUUAUGGAAACCGGCGUUUCAGGUCUCGCUGCUGACGUGUACGGAUUCAUAGGUUGGCUGGCUUUGCUUUGUGCCGGUUCUUGCAUUUACUUGUCGUUUAAACCGUCUGCUUUUUUUGCGGAGUUCUUGUUGUGUUGCGGAUUGGUCUUCAAGGGAACAUGGUUGUUGCAAGGAGGGUUUUUGCUUUACACUGAUGCUCUUGGAUUGAAAGGGUGUAAGAAGAUUUCCUCUUUGUUAUUAAUGUCAACUCAGGACGACGUAGUUGAUGUGCAUUGUGAGCUUGAGCAGGAUAAGGCUAGGGGUUUUGCAUUGGUGAAUUUCCUGUUCACUCUUCAUGCUCUUGUGGUGAUGGUAUUGGCUGUUGGGUUGGUUGUGGUUUUGGGAAGGAAUAGGAGCUUGAGAACUGGUGGUGGGGAGGGGAAGGGGCCAUUGCUAUCUGAGAUUGAAGCUACGAACAUUCGGAUGCGUGCCCUUCCCGAACUGGAGAUCGAGUGAGAGUUAUUAAUUUCUUGUGGUUUUGAUGGAAUGUGUUCAAUGUGUCUCUCGUUAGAUUGGAACAUUUGAUGGCCUGGAUUAGAAUGUACUAAUAACUGCAUUGUAGUACAGCAUCCAUAUGGUUUAUCUCCUUUGGUAGGAAAGUAACCAGAGUUGCAUGUCAUCAUUUGGUAGUGCAUUCUAAUAUAAUAGCUAAACUAAGCCUUGUAUUCAGUGGGAUCAGCUAUAUAGAUAGCACGAUGCCAUUGUACUUUGUAUAAAAUUAUAUCUGUGUUUACCUAUUUAUAUUUAAACAUUUUUCAGUAAUUUCAUUUAAGGUUUUCUUGGAUACAAAAUAACAGCAGCACUGGAUAAAGAGAUCUGAUAGUGCAAUGAUAAAUGUUUAAUGUGUUUGGACUUUGGAAAAAGAUGAAAGAUUAAACUUUUUAUUUAUCGCUUUUCAUAUAAUUAAUUAUGCGAUAAUUAAUUUAUCAUUUAUGUUUGGAUUGCUUAGCAAUAGUGAUUUUCAAAUAAUCUGAUUUGUUUGGUUUGUAUUAAAAAGAACAAAGAACUAUUUUUGUGUGAUAGAAUUACUCGGUGUGUUUGUUUUGGCGCUGGGGAGGUGAAAAGCACGUUCAAGUUGCUUGAAUGCUUCAAUUUUUGGUUUGGAUACUUUUUGCUUCCUGUGAACACAGAUGAAACUUUGCUCUCAAACCCACGUUUACAGGAAGCAAAGAUUCUUAGCGUUCACAAACCAGCAUUCAACCAUUAACUCUAAACCUGUAAUUUCUUUCUAUCAAUCGUAUCCUUUAUACAUGUUAUUGUUUUAUUUAUGAAAUUUUUAUUGUUUCUCUUUAUGUGAGUU